UUCUUACUGACAUACAACCUGACUGACAUCAGAAUUUUCCAAAGUUUAGUGUAGAACGCGAAUAAAUAUAAAUAAAAUAAUUCUCUUCUUAGUGCCUAUCUUAUGUUUAACCAAUCGAAAAAUUUCAAAACAUAGUCCUAUCCCAGGUAAUGACAAAUAAGGAGUUGUCAUUACCCCCCGCAAUUAUGGAACAGAAAAACUCUGUUACAGACGUUGCUGGAAUGUCAAAUGGUUAUAGACGUCCAAGAACUAGUGCCGAUUUUUAUGAUUUUUGUACAGUGGUUUUGCAAUAUGCGAAUUACGAAGGCUGGAAAAAAGACGAUCUACGAAACGAGACUAACCAAAGCCCUCCCUUGGACAGCUCAGGGAGUAGUGUCAAUUCCGAGUCCACUAGUUCAGGUCAGAAGGAUAAACAGAGUGAAGACGAUGAAGAUAGCGACUCUUUUAACUUAGUUACUUGUUUUUGUGGCAAACCCUUUGCAGGUAGACCUAUGAUAGAAUGUUUGGAGUGUCUAACAUGGAUACACCUCUCCUGUGCUCGGAUUAAAAAAAAUAAUAUACCAGAAGUGUUCCUAUGUGCCACAUGCAAAAAGAAGCAGCGAUCUGUGUCUCCCACUAGUCCCCCCGACAAAGCUGUGAAACGUCCGCGUAGAUCCACGUAGAGUUAUUACAGAUGCAUUGUAUAUAAACAAUACGUAGAUAACAAUGUAAAAAUGUAAAUACUCUUAUGUAAAUUCUUGAUUAUGUGCCCUUAAACGGCCGUUUUAAUCACAAAAUUGAUUUACCUAUACAAAAUGAUAGUAUCUCUACAUUUGUUGACUGUUUUAGUGAUGCUAUAUGAAUGUGAUAGGUCCAAAGUGGUCUCCAUUUUUUAUAAAAAAAAUUUUUUUAUCAUGUCCCAACUCGUGUCAUCUUUAUUUUACAUCGAUAGUUAAUAAGAAAAUGUGUUACGUUAGUUUUAAGGAAUAAAAAAUGGAGAUUACCGAUAUUUUUACUAUUUUUACAGCACAAAAAUGUAUUGUAAAAAUACUAAACAGACGUUUAAGCGUUCUAUAUUUUGUAAACGAAAAGUCUAUAUUUAUAAAAAAAAGAAAUUAUUGUUCGGCAACACAUUUUCAUAUUUGAUGUUGGGAUUUUAACAUUUGAUGGGCAAUCAUGGGGGAAAAUAAUGAAGUCAGUUAAUUGACAAACAACAUUAUCAGGUUUUUUAUUUUUUGUAUAUGUUGGCUUAAUUUUAGUAAAGGAACUUUAUACAAUUUAUUAUUUUAUCGUGGAUUUUUAACAAAUUGUUAAUCAAUUUAUACAUAUUUAUACAAUACUCAUUUGUCUUAUUUUUUAAAUGUAUGUUUAUCAAGUGACUGAGUCUAUUAUUUUCAGUUGUGAACACAUAAAAAUUGUGAUAUUCUUUAAAAUAUAUAAUAUAUAUAGUUCGCCUUGGAAGUUAUGACAAAUACAUUGCUAUAACUUAUUUAUUUAUUUGCUCUGUUUUAUUAGAAUCGGAAUUUGUAUAUUUUUGGACCAGCGCUCAUUAUGAGGCAUUUCCCUUUAAUUUUAUCUUUAAAAAUUGUAUAUUUUUCCUUAAAUCGGAUUUGCCUUAUAAUUGGUAAUUUAUUGUAAAAUAUUGUAGUUUUAUCUUCAUUAAUUAAUUAAAAUGUUUUGCUGGACUGAAUUGUUUUAGUUUGUUACCACAUUUUCAAGAACUAUCUCAUCAUUAUUCAAAUUUAUAACUAACAUUUAGUUAUCGAUCAAUUUUUCUUGCAAAUGUUGGUGUACCUCUAAUAUCAUCAUAGUUUGUAGCAUAAGAUUAUUAUUUUGAUAUGUUCUAUGUUAUAUUAUACUUCCCGUAUAUUUUUAUAUCCUUAUAAUAAGUUAUAAGUGGUAUUAAAGUUACACUGGUCUUUCAAGACUUCGUGUUGUUAAUGAUAAACAUGAAAAAAUUAAAUACUUUUUAUAAGGCAUUGUAUUUGCAAUAAAAUUUAAAUGUUU